GGCGUAGGCUUUGCCAGACGGGCAUUCACGCUCUAUCAGUCCGCAUGUGUGCUGCGGUUAUCGUGCCUUCCACUGGAUUAUUUAUACUUAAUUUAAAUGUAGUUAAUGUAAUGGAUAUUAGUUAACAAGUUAUCACAUCGACUGCACAGUGUACUUAGUUUUUGAGUGUUCGCGUAGGAAUCGGAUUUAAGUUUCGAAUAAAGCUACGCCGGCUAGCUACGCUUGUGGCAAACAUGGCGUCGGACGGUGAUACAAAACUCGAUCACUCUGAUCCCGAUUUCAAAUAUCUUUCUGUUGAUCGGAAUACCUUCAAUGAUCCCGCAACUCAGGCAGAAUGGACUCAAAAGAAAAUGGUCUGGGUUCCGCACGAAAUUCACGGUUUCGUUGCUGCCGGAAUCAAAGGAGAUCGUGGAGACGAGGUAGAAGUUGAAAUCGUGGAAACCGGCAAGAAAUCGUUUGUGGCCAAGGAUGAUAUCCAGAAGAUGAAUCCUCCAAAAUUCGACAAAGUCGAGGACAUGGCUGAUUUAACUUGUUUAAAUGAAGCUUGUGUUCUACAUAACAUCAAGGACCGUUAUUAUUCUGGAUUAAUUUACGUAAGUACAAAACUUGAUUUUUUUGUUAUCACACUUCCAACCAGAAACAAUACCGUACUUAUCUUAAUCUGCAACUAUUUCUACUAAAGGUUUCUCAAGCAU